AUGUUUGAGACCUUGGGGUUGCCGUUUGAGAGCACUUCUAAUGAGAUAACAGUGGUGAGUCCAUUGGGGCAGUCUAUUGGAGUUAGUAAACCAUUUAGAGACAUUCCGUUAGAGGUUCAAGGAACUGUAUUUUUGGCUAAUCUUAUGGAGCUUCCAUUUGGGGAGUUCGAUUUAAUUUUGGAGAAGUUAGUAAGGAAGGGGUAUAAGGCAUACUUGGCUUAUAUCAGUGUUGUUGAUUCUAGGAACUCUUCGGUUAAGAAUAUCCGAGCGGUGAGGGACUUUCUAGAUGUUUUCUUAGAGGAGCUACCGAGAUUACAUUCGAAUCGUGAGGUAAAGUUUAGGAUUAAGUUAUUUUCAGGCACAGCUCUGGUGUCUAUUACCCCUUACCGAAUGGCACCGAGAGAGCUGAUGGAACUUAAGGCUCAGAUUCAAGAGUUGUUGGAUCGUGGGUUCAUUCAUCUCAGUAUGUCUCUAUGGGGAGCACCUGUUUUGUUCGCGAAGAAAAAGGACAAUCAGUUCAUGGUGGUAUUCAUCGAUGACAUCUUGGUGUAUUCUAAGAUAGAGGAUCAGCACGAUGAGUAUCUAAGAUUGGUUCUACAUAUUCUUCGUGAGAAACAGGUGUAUGCGAAGUUCAGCAAGUUUUCUGCUAAGGGGAUUCGAGUGAAUCCUCAUAAGAUUGAGGCUGUGUUUAGUUGGAAACAGCCAAAGAAUGUGUCAAAAAUUCGUAGUUUUCUAGGGCUGGCAGGAUAUUAUCGACGUUUUGUAGAAGGGUUCUCUUUGAUCGCAGCUCCAAUGACUAAGCUGCUGCAUAGAGGAGUUCCUUUUGUUUGGACUGAUGCACAUAUUAAAUAUCAUCUUGGUGAGGCCAAUGUGGUGGCCGAUGCAUUAAGCUGUAGAGCUAUGACUGAUUUGAGAGCGAUGUUUGCUCGACUCAGUUUAUUCGACGAUGGGAGUCUAUUGGUUCAGCUCAUAUCAUUCUUGUAUGAUGCAUUGCAUUGGGGUGGGUUUGAUGAAGUGAAGGAAGUAUCUGACAGGCCUCAUAAGCCUGUUAUCUGA